GCAUGAUGUCAGAUCUGUCUCGAAGAAAGGAAAUUCCCCUUAAUACUUGCUUACCUAUUAUCCAAGGUUUACCAAAUAAGGCAGUUUUCCCUUCAAAGGAAAUGUCAGUGAGUCAGGAGUUGGAAUAUUGUGUGUAAUGAUAACUAUGAAGUCUCACAGAAAAUAACUGGUUGUGUCUGUAGAGUAGUAAGCCAGUGCUUGAACAGUUCUUCACUCUAAUCAUGUAACUGUGGACAAACGGAGAGAUGCAAUAAUAUUUGAUAUGAUUAUGUGUAAUAAUAUUCAUAAUCUAUUUGAAAUGGCUAACAUUAUGUCUGGUGCUUUUGCUUUUCUCCACUCAUCUUUUUCUCUCUUGACCAGUUUGGUUCAUGUAUAUCUAGAUCAAUACUGAAAGCAUCAAGCCACCUGACAAUGUGUGUACAGUGCUAUUAAUUAGCUUUCAGAUGCUUCAUGUGGUUCUGGCGUUUGUAUGUGUUGCGUCUUUGAGGCCUUGCUUGUGAAGUUCACUGGAAUGUCAGAGUUCCUCAUUGCUGGCACUUGUGGGUUGGUGCCACUCCAAAGCACAUGCUCCUGUGUGAGCUGUGAUGCAUGUUUAAAAGGGAACUUUAGAGGAAGACGGUUCAAGUGUUUAAUUUGCUACGAUUACGACCUGUGUGCAUCGUGCUACGAGAGCGGAGCUACAACAACAAGACACACCACAGAGCACCCCAUGCAGUGUAUAUUAACCAGGGUAGACUAUGAUCUGUAUUACGGAGGUGACACUUUUUCAGUAGACCAACCCCAGUCAUUCACAUGUCCUUACUGUGGCAAGAUGGGCUACACAGAGACGUCCCUACAGGAGCAUGUCACCUCAGAACAUGCAGAGACUUCCACAGAGGUGAUCUGUCCAAUAUGUGCUGCCUUGCCAGGAGGGGACCCCAACCACGUCACAGAUGACUUCACAGCUCACCUCACACUUGAACACAGAGCACCAAGAGAUUUAGAUGAGUCCAGCAGUGUUCGACAUGUACGCCGGAUGUUCCACCCUGGACGAGGACUGGGCGGUCCCAGAGCACGACGGACAAAUAUGCACUUUACUAGCGGUUCCACAGGGGGACUAUCAUCCUCCUCAUCACAAAGCUCCACUUACACCCCCAGUAACCGAGAAGCAAUGGACCCAAUUGCAGAGUUGUUGUCUCAGCUGUCAGGUGUGCGGCGUGCAGCAGGGGGGCAAAUAAACUCAUCAGGGCCUUCAGCCUCCCAACUCCAGCAGCUCCAGAUGCAACUGCAGUUGGAGCGGCAGCAGGCUCAGGCCGCGCGGCAGCAAGUGGAGACGGGUCGCCACGCGACACGACGCAGCAACAACCCAGGCAACACUGGCAACACCAUCCCUCCACCCAGCACAGUAACUGCCAACACUGCCACUGUGGGUGAUAGCAAUCCCUCAUCCUCGUCCCACAACUCCCAGUUCCUAUUAGCACGGUUGAAUGAACCUAAGAUGUCUGAAGCAGAGCGUCAGUUUCUAGAAGGAGAGCGCGCAGACCGCAGCCUGUUUGUCCAGGAGCUGCUUCUGUCUACGCUGAUGCACGAAGAGAGCUCUUCUUCUGACGAGGAAGAGCGUCGAGACUUCGCCGACUUUGGAGCCAUGGGCUGCGUGGAUAUCAUGCCUUUAGAUGUGGCGCUGGAGAACCUCCAGCUUAGAGAGAGCAGCUCUACGAGGAAGGAGCCUCCGCCGCCUCCUCUUUGAUGUCCGAGCAUCAAGCAGACUGUGUCCUCUCUGCUGCAACUGUCAGUGAUGGGCAGCAAACCGCAGCAGUCCUCUCUGGCCUCACCCUCCUCUCUCCCUCCUCUAUUUUCUGAGUUUGUUUUUUUUUUCCUUUUCUUUUUUUGUUUUUGUUUUGGUGAUUGUAAUUUCAGGCCUGUCACCAUUUUUGUUACAUUGUAAACAAAAAUAAAUGAGAGCAAGUGGGAUAAAUGUGCGAGUGCGCAAUAGCAACUGAGUGAGCGAGCGAAAGAAGAGAAAUAUAUAAAUAUAUAUAAGAUAUAUAUGAAGUUGAUAAUCAAUCCACAUAACUUUUCUUUUCUUUAUCAGGUAAAUGUUACAGGCAGCUGUGGCAGACCUUUGCUUCCUGUGACAUGCAAAUGGAUCUCCGUAUAAAUACUCCACAUUCAAAAGUCAAGAGGGCAUAGGCUCCUCUGAUCAAGCUGCUGUGUGUGUUUAUGACUAUUAAUAAAUAAAAAAGUGCUUGGAUGGGUUACCAUAACUACUGCAUGCAGUUAUUUGCGGCGUGCAUGACUUUUAAUGACAAUGUCAUUAAAACCUUUUUUUUCCUUUUGUUUUUUAAAUAUCCCAAAGCUUUCAACUGUUUUUUAAAUUUCAAACACAGUUAACUAUUGAAAAUUUAGUAGUUUACAAAACUGACAUGCAGAAAUUCAAAUCUAACAAUCUAAUAUUUUGUUAGGUUUUCUUUGAAUGAGCAUAUAUGAUGAAGAGAAAACGAUUGGAUUCAGCAGUAGCUUCUGAAGAAAUGCUGCACUGUGUGUGUGUGUGUUUGUGUGCGUGUGUCUCUCCAGAGCGCCUUUUCUUUCCGACGACUGUCUGAAUACGUCAGUCGCUGUGCUAACGGCAGCGGCGCUGCAACUACAAGCAUCCGAUGAAUACUAGGAACAGAAGAAAAGUUUUUUCCUAGAUGUUAAUGUUUAGUGAUAAGCUGUUUAGGCACAGUAUACUUUAUAAUUUAUAGAUAAGUACAGAUGCCCAACUACAGUAUGUCCAUUGCUCUUUCACACUAGUUUCUGGCAUUCACUCUGCUUGUGUACAGGCCCAGUGUCAGACCACAUGCUUUAGAUGGCUUGUAUGAAUUUCUUUGCUAGGUAACCGGAGCUUGAGGCUUUCCACACUGCAGUUUUGUUUUGUUUUUUAUUGGUUUUUUUUUUUAGGAGAAGGCAUUCUUAUUUUUUUCUGCUAAGAUUAGCACUUUCUAUUUAUUCAUGUUGUUUUCUGAUUCUUUUGAGCCUUGAUAUGAAUCAUGCCACCUUCAUGCCUAUACUUUUACCCUCUAUGUAAAAUACAAUGAGAUGUAUAUUGAAUUUGUGCGUUAACUUUCAUAAUGGUUCUAAGACAUGGGCAGACAUUUUUUUAAAUGUAAAUUUAGAAUACAAUAAAUAUAAACUGCGCACAGCUUUUGAUGAAACCAAGA